UUUAAAAAGCGAGCAUAUGCCUGGAAAGAGCGCAACACAGUGCCACGGAUACUAAGACAAGGAUGGAAAUUAGGAAAUAGAGUGAAGGUGCCCAUAAUAAGAAGACAGUGACAGGUUUACAUUCAGGAUUAUGCAUGGUUCCCUUAGGCAAUAAUAUUACCCCACAUGCAAUAGAAACAUAGCCUAGUAAGGGGUGAAUAUUUAUUAUAAACGUUCCAUUUAUUGCGUGCUCUCUUCCUCUCGCAACUCUACAUUUUUUCUCACACGUCUGCCGCGCGCGUAAUUGCUCACAAUCUCUCCCUCCCUUCUUCCCUUGUGCCACUCAGUCAUUCACUCUCUCUCUCUCCGCACGCACACACGCGCUCUCUCACUUUUCGUGGGAGAAAGUAGGAAGGGGGAGAGAGAACGAGAGAGAAAGGAGAGGGAGUGAAUUCAGGUCUCUCUCUGCUCUCUCCGCUGUGGGCACUCAUAUCCACUCCGCUGACUCAAUGGGGCUUUAGCACUUGGAAUAUAAAAUCAAAUAUUUAUUGAUCGUACCCCUUUUACUAUUUAAAUGUUGUACAUAGCAUAGGUAGAUAUAGGUAACUUAUUAAAUAAGCGUUAAGAAGAGUUCAAAUACGUUGUUGUUUUUUGCCUCACAGAAGGUCCAGUCGAAAUUCUCUUCCACUGACUUUCUGUGAGAGAGGAUAUCUAAUUUGAACAUAUCCGAUCAUAUAGUCCAGCGUCAAACAGUUACAAAACAAUGGAUAUUCGAGAUUGCCCUUUUCGGAAGAAGCGGAGACCAUGGAGCGUGGACCUUUCCUCUUUUGCCUUGGUAACUCUGGUGCUCGCGCUGUGCCAACUACCCGUGGCUCGAGCAGAUCCAGUGGAUGUGUUGCGGAUGCUGCAGCUGCCCUCUCUCCCCGAGGGGGUGCGGAAGGUUCCAGGCUUCUGCACCUCCCGGCGCGCCGGUACCGCUGACCACGCCUACCGCAUCUCCAAGAAGGCCCAGAUCUCUGCCCCUACCAAUCAGCUCUUCUCAGGUCGUUUCCCGGAGAACUUCUCCAUCAUGGCUCUGGUCAAGGCCCAUGCGGGCCUCCAGGCCUUCCUGCUGUCCAUCUACAGUGAGCAGGGUGUCCAGCAGCUGGGGGUGGAGCUGGGACGCUCCCCUGUCUUCCUGUACGAGGACCAGACCGGCAAGCCCGCGCCCGAGGACUACCCCCUCUUCAGCGGCGUCAACCUGGCCGACGGCAAGUGGCACCGCAUCGCUAUCUCCGUGUCGAAGAAGAACGUCACUCUGCUCCUGGACUGUAAGAAGCGCAUGACCAGGGCCCUGCCCCGCAGCAAAAGCCCCGUGGUGGACACCAAGGGCAUCACCGUGUUCGGAGCACGCCUGCUGGAUGAGGAGGUCUUCCAGGGUGAUAUCCAACAGCUGCUGAUCGCAUCCAACCCUCAGGCUGCUUAUGACUUCUGUGAACACUACAGCCCCGACUGUGACUCCCCUCUACCCAAAACCCAGUCCCAGGACCCCAACACAUACAAGGAUGCCAAUGGCAAUGCUGACAAACGCAAACCUGUAGUAGUUAAGGCAGAUAAACCUAUAGUAGUUAAGGCUGCAAAACCUGUAGUAGUUAAGGCGGCAAAGCCUGUAGUAGUUAAGGCGGCAAAACCUGUAGAAGUUAAGGCUGCAAAACCUGUAGUAGUUAAGGCGGCAAAACCUGUAGAAGUUAAGGCUGCAAAACCUGUAGUAGUUAAGGCUGCAAAACCUGUAGUAGUUAAGGCUGCAAAACCUGUAGUAGUUAAGGCGGCAAAACCUGUAGUAGUUAAGGCUGCAAAACCUGUAGUAGUUAAGGCUGCAAAACCUGUAGUAGUUAAGGCUGCAAAACCUGUAGUAGUUAAGGCUGCAAAACCUGUAGUAGUUAAGGCGGCAAAACCUGCCCCAUCCAAACCUGCGAAAGCAGAGAUUGCCAAGCUUGAGGCCAAAGUUGCCACACCUGCCACAGCCAAACUAGCUAAAACCGAACCUGCUGCCGCCAAGCCCACGAAAGCCAAGCCUUCCCCGGCCAAACAAGCCAAAGCCAAACCAACUGCAAUUGAAGUCCUCCUGGCCAAGAUCAAACCCACUGCAGUCACACCAGUGGUCAAGCCUACACCUGCCACCAAAAAUGGCAGUGGAAAAAAAGUCCAUGGCAAGCCUGUAGUAGAGAAGAAACUAAAUGGUAAUUCCAAGGUCAGUGGCAAUGCCAAACCUGUAGUUGAGAAGAAAGUAAAAGGUGAGGCCAAAGUUAAUGGCAACGGUAAAACUGCUGAGGAUAAGAAAGUUAAUGGUGAUAGGAAAAGCGGCAGUUACAGAAAAGCUAAUGGCAACGGUGUAGGAGCAGCCAAACCUGGAACCACUAAAGCCCCGACAGAAAGAAAAGUCACCAAAGUUCAAAUAGAAAAAACUGUGGUCAGCAAAGUGAAACCAGGAAAACCAGAAACCGAAGUCAAAGUUAAAGUAGUAAAAACCGAGAUCACUAAAGCCAAACCAACAGAGUCGGUCAUCAUCAAAGUUCCUCCCUUCACCAAACCUGCACCAAAGAAAGAGCUGCCAGAGAAAACCAAGGUGGCGCUUGAUGUAAAUAACAUCAAAUCGAUGACCCAAAAAAUGCCUCCCUUUGGCAAGACUGCACUCAGUGGCACCGUUGUCCCUGUGCCGGAAAAACCAAAGAAGAAACCGGGCAACGGUUAUCAACAGGAUGUAGAAACGGCAAAUUCUGAGGCUGGCCACACCCCUACAGAGUCGGAUUAUUAUUAUGAGGAGGCGGUCCUACAGCCAGAGAGUGAGGUGAUUGGACAAGAAGCGACCACUGGCCAGGUGGAGGGAACGUUGGUGGCAGAGGAGGUAGAGUUGGCCAAGGCAGGGGGUGAGGUCGAGGCCUUUACUGAGGAGGAGUAUGUGACCGGAGACCUGGGCAUGAAGGAAUAUGAUUAUUCCUACAAGGACUACAACGAGCCCCUGCCUGAGGGAGAGACCGGGGGCAACAUGGGCCCCGCUCUGUCCGCUGUGACAGACGAGGGAGGCGCCUCAGUGAGCGCCGUAAAAGGCGAGAAGGGAGAGCCUGCUGUCCUUGAGCCUGGUAUGUUGAUUGAGGGACCUCCGGGACCAGAGGGACAGGCAGGUCUCCCGGGACCUAAUGGCCCAUCUGGCCCUCCUGGCUCUGUCGGUGAUCCUGGCGAGAGGGGCCUCCCUGGAAAGGCUGGUAUCGCUGGUGCCGAUGGGGUGCCAGGCCCUCCUGGAACGUCCGUCAUGCUGCCCUUCCGUUUCGGAAGCAGUGGAGGUGACAAGGGUCCUAUGGUCUCAGCGCAGGAAGCCCAGGCUCAGGCCAUUCUGUCUCAGGCCAGGCUGGCUCUGAAGGGACCACCCGGACCAAUGGGCUACACUGGACGCACAGGACCCCUGGGUACCCCUGGAAGUGCUGGGCUGAAGGGUGAAGGUGGGGAUCCUGGACCUCAGGGCCCCAGAGGACCACAGGGUUUGAGCGGACCUCCCGGCAAAUCAGGAAGAAGGGGUCGUGCUGGAGCUGAUGGAGCCAGGGGCAUGCCAGGAGAGGGUGGGCCUAAGGGUGACCGCGGUUUCGAUGGCCUGCCUGGAUUGCCUGGGGACAAAGGACACCGGGGUGAUACCGGAGGAUUGGGACCCCAAGGAGGUCCUGGAGAGGACGGAGAGAGGGGAGACGACGGAGACAUCGGACCCAGAGGACUUCCAGGUGAACCAGGACCUCGUGGUUUGCUCGGUCCUAAAGGUCCGAACGGAAUCUCCGGACCUCCUGGUGUGCGUGGAAACGACGGGCCCCACGGUCCUAAAGGAAACCUGGGUCCCCAAGGAGAGCCAGGCCCCCCAGGGCAGCAGGGUACCUCAGGAACACAGGGAAUGCCAGGACCACAGGGAGCCCAUGGGCCCCCAGGAGAAAAGGGCCCCACAGGGAAACCCGGUCUGCCAGGCAUGUCCGGAGCCGACGGCCCCCCUGGUCACCCAGGAAAGGAGGGACCUGUUGGCACCAAAGGAAACCAGGGCCCCAACGGUCCUCAGGGAACUAUUGGCUAUCCUGGCCCUCGUGGCAUUAAGGGAACUCAAGGUAUCCGUGGACUGAAGGGUCACAAAGGAGAGAAGGGAGAAGAUGGCUUCCCUGGAAUCAAAGGAGACUUUGGUGUCAAGGGGGAGAGAGGAGAGGGUGGAGUGCCCGGCCCCAGGGGAGAGGACGGUCCCGAGGGGCCAAAGGGCCGCGUUGGCCCCCCUGGCGAGCUUGGACCCAUCGGCCUGGUCGGAGAGAAGGGUAAACUUGGUGUCCCUGGACUUCCUGGCUAUCCUGGAAGACUUGGACCUAAGGGCUCCCUCGGUUUCCCAGGAUUCCCUGGGACCAACGGCGAGAAAGGAACAAGGGGUCUGAUUGGAAAGCUGGGACCCAGAGGACAAAGAGGACCAACGGGCCCCAGAGGUCAGAGAGGACCGAGAGGAUCUACUGGCAAACCAGGCGCCAAAGGUACAUCAGGAAGUGACGGCCCAUCUGGUCCACCAGGAGAGAGGGGACUGCCCGGACCUCAAGGAGCAAACGGUUUCCCGGGGCCAAAGGGACCUCCCGGACCACCAGGGAAGGAUGGACUGCCCGGACACCCUGGACAGAGAGGAGAAGUUGGAUUCCAAGGGAAGACUGGGCCACCCGGACCUCCAGGUGUUGUUGGACCUCAAGGUCCCUCAGGAGAGACUGGACCCCUGGGCGAGCGCGGUCACCCCGGGCCUCCAGGACCACCAGGCGAGCAAGGACUCUCCGGACCCUCUGGCAAGGAGGGAACUAAGGGAGACCCUGGUCCCCAAGGCGGCCCCGGCAAAGAUGGACCCCCAGGACUGAGAGGCUUCCCCGGAGAGAGAGGAAUGCCUGGAACCCCGGGAGGCGGCGGACUGAAAGGAAGCGAAGGCCCAGCAGGACCUCCCGGAACAGCUGGAUCCCCAGGCGAGAGAGGGCAGGGAGGCAGUGGAGGCCCCAUCGGACCCCCAGGAAGACCUGGCCCCCAGGGGCCUCCAGGACCAUCAGGAGAGAAGGGCGUGCCCGGGGAGAAAGGUCCGAUCGGCCCGGCUGGUCGUGACGGUGUCCAGGGCCCAGUGGGUCUGCCAGGUGCUGCCGGAUCCAUCGGAGUUCCAGGAGAGGACGGAGACAAGGGUGAGGUUGGAGAGCACGGCCAGAAGGGAGCGAAGGGCGGCAAAGGAGAGCAUGGUCCUCCCGGUCCACCAGGGCCAAUGGGUCCACUCGGUCAACCCGGUGCUGCUGGAGCUGAUGGAGAACUAGGAGCCAGAGGUCAGCAGGGGCCAUUUGGAGCCAAGGGAGAUGAAGGAUCAAGAGGAUUCCCAGGGGCCCCAGGUCCCAUUGGACUGCAGGGAUUGCCAGGCCCAUCAGGAGAGAAGGGAGAGACGGGAGAUGUCGGACCAAUGGGUCCACCUGGCCCCCCAGGACCCCGUGGCCCUGCUGGUUCAAGCGGCGCUGACGGUCCUCAAGGUCCUCCUGGUGGUGUGGGUAACCCUGGAAACCUGGGAGAUAAGGGAGAGCCUGGCGAAGCCGGACCACCUGGAAUCGGAGGAGAGCCAGGAAAGAAAGGCCCACGUGGAGAACACGGAGACAAGGGAGAGGCGGGACAACCUGGUACCUCUGGCCCUGCUGGUGGAAGAGGAGGCCCUGGAGACGACGGACCCAAGGGAAACCCUGGCCCUGUUGGUUUCCCAGGCGACCCCGGGCCCCCUGGUGAACUCGGCCCCAGAGGUCAGGACGGAGCAAAGGGAGAGAGAGGAGAGGACGGUGAACAAGGACAAGCUGGAUCUCCUGGACCCACUGGUGAGAACGGGCCUCCUGGAGGACCAGGAAAGAGGGGUCUUGCUGGAACGAGAGGACCAGAGGGACGACAGGGAGAGAAGGGAACUAAGGGAGAUCCAGGUGCCAACGGACCUCCAGGAAAGACAGGCCCCGUCGGACCUCAGGGUCAACCAGGAAAACCAGGAACUGAGGGUCUGAGAGGACUCCCUGGAUCAGUGGGCGAGCAGGGUUCUCCGGGCCUUUCCGGCCAGAAGGGACCUCCCGGACCGCUGGGACCGCCAGGUUUGCCAGGACUGCGCGGCGAGGGCGGUGACAAGGGAGAGAAGGGCCACUCGGGUCUGAUUGGUCUGAUUGGGCCCACCGGAGAGCAGGGAGAGAAGGGAGACAGGGGACUGCCAGGGCCACAGGGGACACACGGAUCCAAGGGAGAGACUGGUGUUUCUGGAGGCACUGGGCCCAUCGGUCCUGGUGGCCCUGCUGGUAUGCCCGGUCCCGAAGGUGUGAAGGGAGCUAAGGGUGCUACAGGAGGAGCUGGUCCCAAGGGAGAGAAGGGUGUCUCAGGACCCCCCGGACCUCCAGGUCCUCCAGGCGAAGUCAUCCAGCCAAUGCCCAUCCAAAUCUCCAAGAAGUCCAAGCGCUCCAUCGACGCCAGCCGGAUGCUGUCUGAGACAGACGCAGAGUCGGCUGCAGCCGACGCCACCGGCACAGAGUUCCUGACAGGCAGUGAGGGCAUGGAGGAGAUCUUCGGCUCACUGAACUCGCUGAGACAGGAGAUUGAGACCAUGCGCUUCCCUCUGGGCACCAAGGACAGCCCCGCACGCACCUGCCAGGACCUCAAACUCAGCCAGCCAGAGCUCAAGGACGGAGAGUACUGGAUCGACCCCAACCAGGGUUGCUCUCGCGACUCUCUCAAGGUGUUCUGCAACUUCACCGCUGGUGGGGAGACGUGUCUGUACCCCAGCAAGAGCGUGGACACGGUUAAGCUCAACUCUUGGACCACGGAGAAACCGGGCUCCUGGUACAGUGAGUUUGCAACUGGCAGCAAGCUUUCGUACGUGGACUCUAAUGGCGAGCCGAUCGGCGUGGUCCAGUUGGGCUUCCUGCGGUUGCUGAGUGUCCAGGCCCGCCAGAAUUUCACCUAUCACUGCCACCGCUCUGUGGCCUGGGCCGACCGCACUGCCAAUAACGGCCACAAGAGGGCACUGCACUUCCAGGGCGCCAACGAUGAGGACCUCAGCUACGAGACCAGCCCAUACAUCAAGGCCCUGGUCGACGGCUGCUCUUAUCGUAAGGGCUUCGACAGGACAGUGGUGGAGGUGAACACGCCCCAGGUGGAGCAGCUUCCUCUGCGGGACCUCAAGAUCACAGACUUUGGGGAGAGCAACCAGAAAUUUGGCUUUGAAGUGGGACCUGUCUGUUUCAUGGGCUAACACACCGUAUAGAGAAAUGAGAAACACAAACACAUAUAGAAUAUACACUUACAAUGAUGCACACACACACACACUCUGUCAUACACACACACUCUGUCACAUACACACUCAUGCACUUAACACAAACAUUGACACAAUUGCAUAGACAUGGCAAUAUACAGUACAUGCCCAGUAAUUUGUCAGGAUAUCAAGCACACACACACACACAUACACACACACACACAUAUAUACACACACAUAUAUACACACACAUACACACACACACACACAUAUAUACACACACACACACACACACACACACACACACACACACACACACACACACACACACACACACACACACACACACACACACACACACACACACACACACAGUUGUGAAACGGACAUGCACUCACUCAAGUGUAUGCCCAGGGGAAAACAUCUCCCAAAUAGAAAUGGACGACAAGAGAAAAGUAGAACGCAAACAUUCUCGCGAAGAGGAGACCAAAGAUCGAUUGCAAGAAUGAGAGAUGGCGUUCAGACCGUCAACAGAAUAAAACAGUGUUCUUUUCCAACGAACAGCUGGGUCAAAGACCCGUCUCCUCCUUCCGUACACGCCAGAGCCCCCUGUCGCGGACCCCCCCUCUCACUCCUCUCUCCUUCCCGCUGUCUCUCUACCGAGUUGUCUCAGCCACUCUACCUCUCUGCUUCGCCCUCACCACACACUUGUACCUCUCCUGCAUCCAAGCCCCACCCCAUCCUACGCCUCAUUUUCCGCCUCGCCGCAUUAAGGGGACACCAACGAAGGAACGGGAGUUCCACGAAGGCCUGACGGUUCAGAGACGACCAGGAAAGUCUACUGUACGUCCAUGUUGUCUAGCUAAGUGAAUUUUCUCCAUCUCCACCAGUGAAAUUCUAUACCAAAGAAACCAACUAUACCAGCCUAACAUGACAGUUACACUAAAUCAGGUCAAAUAUAAUGCAGGCGGAUGAGUCGAAACUUUAAGGUGCUUUGUGGAGAUGGAAGCAGAUCUGUGACAUCUCUAGCUUUACCGCGGCUCUAACCUUAAGGUGUGACUAUGAGCAGCCCUUUACUCAAUACUGUAGUAAUAUAGUCCUAACAGCAACGUACUGUCUCUGAGCUGCAUGGCUGUUUAUUUUGGGGCCAGUAAUGUUGCAUGCAAUGGGACGGAAGGGUGUCUAUGCCUUCUCCAAGGCCCAAUGAAUCAAAAGCCAUGAACCUUGUAAAUUGUACUGAACGUGACGUGUGGAACAUUUAUUUGUAAUCAAUGUUACAACUGUCACAGACAGUCCAGAACUGUAGUUCCUAGACAAGCGAAUGGGCCAGAAUGCCAUCAAACCAGUCUAGUACUUACAGGUCUGGAAUUUCAUUGCUGUUUCAUGUAUAACACAGGGUUACAUACCAGGAUUUGUGACAUUCCGUCUCUUUUCAAGCAGGGAAGGUAUCAGGGUUAAAUAUGUAUAUGAGCUGAAUAGAUGACGACCAAACGUUCUCUCUUACAGCGGUGAAUAAAUGCUUGCUUUCAAAAAACUGUGGCACGGUGCUAAUUAUACCAAAGCGUUAAUAUAUUCAGCGUGAAUAAUUCAAGUUUUUUCUCCAUCACAGCCGCACGAUGUCGUCACCAGUUCUCCUACUGGAAAUGUGCAAUCGAAUCCAUUUGUACAGACAUAGUGAUAUUCUAUUGUAUUUAUUGAAAACAAAACAGGGUGCUUCAAACAACGACAAAACCAAAUAUGACAGUCGAAUGUGGUAUUUCAUUUUGUAUUUAUUUCCUGUAGUUCUCACUUGGCAGUCUUAAAACAAUUAAAUACAUAUUAAACUAACAAUAAACCGAGUUAUCUGUACACCCCCCCUUUGGUCUAUGAAUGUCAACAGUUCUGGUGGGGGUGGGGGGGAGAACAUAUGUGGCCAUAUCUCAUUGUAACCAUUUAGCAUUCAUCGACUGUACUGUGCUGUUAUGAUUGCUUCUACUCUAAUGAUUAAAUGGUGACUCUCCAUUGCGGUUUGCCACUGCUUGGCUGAGCUGUGCUGCAGGAGUAUGGCGAGGGCGACAGACACCAGGAUUCUACGGUUGUGAGAAUACAGCGGGCAGGGGACAGCUAGCGGGAGGGAUGGAAGAUUCUAGCAACCACGUGGACAAAUAUUACAAAGAUUUUGUUUCGAAGUGAUGUAAUGUGGCUAUGGGGUUGUAUAUCAUUAUGGGUAUUUUGGUUUGUGUGUUUUGGUUCGUUUUCCUUUUGACAUUGCAGAGAAGGGGGGGGAUUGACAAACUAAAACCUGAGGUGAUUCGCGAGAGAAAAUUACAUCGAUAGUUUGUUGUUGUUAAAGACAAACAAAUAUUUCAACAAAAUAUGGUGCUGAAAAGACAAAAAGUAUUAUUUUAUAAUGUAAGUAAUUUUAAAUGUUUUGUUUCUGUAAUAUAUCAUCUUUUUAAAAAUAGCUUCUUGACUCCCUUGUGUUUUUUUCCUCGUCCCCUCCGUUUCAUCCUCUCUCAACUGGCUGGUGUUGCAUGUUACCCAGAGCUACACUAUAGCUAGUCAUUAUUUUAUUUCUCUCUUCAUUCUGCAUACAGCAGCUCAGACAGCUGAAUAUAACCACAUCAUUCACAAUCUCCAGUGAACUGACCACCAGAAUCAGUCAGAUCCCAACCUUAUUUCCACUAGAUCACCUCACCAGCCCCCCCCC